AUGGCGGCAGCUAAAAUUUCGAAGAGCCAGAAGAGCGAGGCUGCCUCGAAAAACGCCAAAACGGCGCCUCAGCAAGCCAAUCCGUACGAAUUUGUGGGUCAAAAAUGGCUUCUUAAACAGCUUCCUGACAAAGCAUCGACCUAUAGAGUGCUUCAAUGGACUGUUACGCUUGUAGCUUUUAUCGUGAGAUUCAAAGAGCUACCGUAUCCGCGGGAAGUUGUGUUCGACGAAGUUCACUUCGGGAAAUUCGCGUCCUACUAUCUCGAAAGAACGUAUUUCUUCGACGUGCACCCACCCUUUGCAAAGAUGCUCAUCGCCUUUGUGGGAUGGCUAGUGGGUUACAACGGUUCGUUCAAGUUUGACGACAUUGGAUUGAGCUACGAUACCAACCCAGCACCAUUUGUCGCUUAUAGAUCUCUAAGUGCGAUUCUGGGAACGCUCACGGUGCCAAUUGUGUUCAACACCAUGAAGGAAAUGAACUUCAGAGCUAUCAGUUGCUUUUUGGGUGCCAUGCUCAUUGCAGUCGACUGUGCUCAUGUCAUUGACUCGCGUUUGAUCUUGUUGGAUGCCACUCUGAUCAUCGCUGUUGCAAUGUCUUUCUACUGCUACGUGCGGUUCUACAAGGCCCAGCUGCAAGCGCCUUUCUCGUCUCAGUGGUAUGCCUGGCUGUAUGCCACUGGACUCUCUUUGUCAUUUGUGAUGUCGACCAAAUACAUUGGUGUUAUGACCUACGCGGCCAUCGGAGUUGGCGUAGCGGUAAAUUUGUGGCAGUUGCUUGACGUUAGAGCUGGCCUUUCUCUCAAAAAUUUUGCCAAACAUGUCUCGCAGAGACUGAAUGGGCUAAUUUUUGCACCUUUCAUGGUCUACUUGUUUUGGUUUUAUGUUCACUUUGCAAUUCUAAGUGGGUCUGGUCCUGGCGAUGAUUUCAUGUCACCCAACUUCCAAGAGACUCUGACGGAUUCUCCCUUGGCCAAAGAGGCUAGACAAGUAAACUAUUUCGACGUCAUCACGAUGAAGCACAAGAACACAAACGCUUGGCUUCAUUCGCAUACCGAUCGUUAUCCUUUGCGUUACGAUGAUGGUCGUGUCUCAUCCAAUGGACAGCAAGUCACCGCUUAUAACUAUGAAGACAUUAACAACCAGUGGGAAGUGCUCCCCACGAUAGAGCUUCCAUCAAAGCAGGGGCAACCGGUCCAUUUAGGCGACGUUGUUAGAUUCAGACAUGUUAUUACUGGCACUUAUUUACUAGCCCACGACGUUGCUUCGCCACUCUACCCUACGAAUGAAGAGAUUACCACUGCUGAAGAAGAGCAAGCUCUUGGCUCCAGUAGUCAUGAAACCACGUUCCGUCUGCAAGCCGUCAACAAAGGCGACGAAAAAGAAAUCUUGAAGACCAAGGCAUCGCUUUUCAGAGUGCUGCACACCGACACUGCUGUAGCUCUCUGGACUCACAAUGAUGUUUUACUGCCAGAAUGGGGGUUCAAACAGCAAGAGGUCAAUGGAAACAAAAAGCUGGUCGAUCCAGAAAACUCCUGGAUUAUGGACACGAUCAUUGACCUUGAUGAUGACCGCAAGGUCUACGUUCCUAAGCCAGUCAAGAAACUAUCGUUUUUCACCAAAUGGUCGGAGCUGCAAAGACUCAUGUUCGAGCACAACAACAAACUAUCUUCGGAGCAUCCCUUUGCUUCUAAUCCCGAAUCUUGGCCCGGUUCUCUUUCCGGUGUUUCAUUCUGGACUAAAGACCAAGACCGUAAGCAGAUCUACUUUAUUGGUAAUUUGAUCGGUUGGUGGUCCCAAGUUGUCGCAAUGGCUCUUUUCUGCGGAAUCUUAGCGGCUGAUCUACUCGUUAGACGUCGUGGAUUGUUUCCACUCAACAGGAUGGCUAGAGAGAAGCUAUAUGGUCCACUUUCGUUCUUGUUUGUCGGUUGGUUGUGUCACUUUUUGCCCUUCUUUUUGAUGGGGAGGCAAAAGUUUCUGCACCACUAUCUACCCGCUCACUUGAUCGCUUCCAUGAUCUCCGCUGCAGUAUGGGAAUUUAUUUUUACUGACAACAAAUCUCUUGACCUCAACAGAGAUGAAGACGAUGCAGCUAACCCUCAUGAUUCAGACCCUCACCUAAGCUUUGUUCCUUUAUGCCUGUUUGUGAUGACUUUAACCAUAGCGCUAGUGUGGUUCUUCGUUUUCCUUUCGCCAAUUGUUUACGGUGACGUUGGUUUGACCGUUGAACAAGUGAAGAGCAGGGAAUUCUUUAACAUGAAGCUACACUUCUCCAAGUAG